AUGAAGGGUGUCAUGCAAGUUUGGGUCUUUCUCCUCUUAGUCACCGUGUCUGAUUGUGCUGUGAUCACAGGGGCCUGUGAGCGGGAUGUCCAGUGUGGCACCGGCACGUGCUGCGCCAUCAGCCUGUGGCUUCGGGGGCUGAGGAUGUGCACCCCAUUGGGACGAGAGGGAGAGGAGUGCCACCCGGGUAGCCACAAGCUCCCUUUCUUUAGGAAGCGCCAGCAUCACACCUGUCCCUGCCUGCCCAGCCUGCUUUGUCUGAAGUUCUCGGAUGGCAAGUAUCGCUGCUCCAUGGAUUUGAAGAACAUCAACUUUUAG